AUGGGUUGUGGGCUGGCCAAGGCUGAAGGCAACGAGAGGAAGACAAAAGGUUUCAGCAGACUAUUUAAAGUCACACAUACGGUUAUAUCUGCUCGCCUGUUCCAAACGUGGAAUCCCGGUAUCUGCUGUCACGUGUGGCGCUGUUGUCCUUGUUUGACUGGGUCACUUCACGGUUCUAGCUCGACGAGCGAUCGUUUAUGGACAAACUCUUCACCAUCUUUGCCAAAGAUUGCUCAAAGUGGACGAGGACAAGGAUUAAACAACUGGAUCCUGCUCCGGACCAAAUCUGGUUCAAAUGUGACACUGACAAACUACACGUCAGUACAUCCACGUUCCAACCUCACUACCAACAUGUGUUCAAGGUCUGUUAACAGGACUCUACCAUCGUACUGCAAAAUUAGGUAUUUGAUGAGCCUUCUCAGAAGACAUCAUCACCUGGCCAGACACAGAUGUUCACAGCUGUCACACCUUCCCAGAUAUUCAAGAAGAGACAUUUUAAAAAAUUUAAACCAAAAUGACAAACAGGCCGAGUGUUUCCUCCCGCUCAGAGACUUCAGUCAAGGAAGGAUGUAUCUCCAGGACGUCCGAUUUUAUUCGUCCUCUAACAGGGAUGUCUUUAAGCCACAGCCUCCCAUUGGGAUCGUAGAGGAGUCUCGGAGAGGCUUUGAUUGGAAAUCUCUCGGAGGAAGUUUUGGUCAGUUGUCCGCACACAUUAAUCAUUACUUUAAGAAGAAAGACAAUGUGGCUGUAGCUGAAAAGCCUCGUUUGGAUCUACCUCCAGAACAUCCCGUGACGUCACAUACACACGGACGAUACCGGAGAAAAGUCCGAGAGAAGAAUACAUCUGAGGACAAAGUUACUGCACAGGUCCAUACACAUGAAGUACAACAGGAGACUAAAGAUGAACACCAAUCAAACCCAGAGAUACCCAGACUACAGUUGUUCCACAUCAGCUCCUUUGCGAACAGAUUUGGCGAGAGUUACACUUACGUCGCCAAUCACAUAAACUCUGUCUUUUCCAAGAGUUUGUCGUUGCAGAACGAUGAGUCUUCCACAAAAGGAGUACACAGAGGACGGAAGAGAAGAAUAGUUUCUAACUCUUACAGUGUUUCCUCUGAAGAUGAUAAGAAAUCCCAGGUGAAGUCAGUCAGUACUGUUGAAUCUAACGACCCCGCCGCCAGACGCUGGGACGAGACCUACCGACACUUUGCAAAGCACAUCAACAAAUACUUUGGUGCCAAGGUCACGGAUGAAAUUCACAACAAAACACAUCAACUUCCUGUGAAGGAUUACACUUUGAAAUCAACAACACAACCAACCUCGCAAACCACCGGUGCUACGUCAAACACGAGGCAACAAGACUCCGUCUCCCAGGAGAAGGGAGGCCUUUUCCACAGCAGCCAAAUAACUGACUUUGCAGAGAACUACCUCCAAAUGGCCAGUCACAUCAAUCAGUAUUUUAAGGGCCAAAAUGCCUCCGAUGGAGACACCGAUGCUGUACAUUCUACCUCUGAAAGACCGAAACCCAAAUCUAUCAUGGAUUGCCUCCGAAACCCGACCAGUGCCAUCCCAGACUUCUUAGGUUUUUACAUGAAUCCCUCGUCCAAGACGAGUAAAUACAAAAGCGCUGUGACUUCAACAGGUGCAAAAGUGAAUAAAAAGCUUGUCCUAAGUGGGAGACCAGUGGAAGAAACCACAGGCAGGCUGAUUGACAGUCUGUGCCUGGCCUCCUCUCCAGGAGCUCUGGUCGCCAGUGUUGAAGCACUGAAUGAACACCUCAUCUGUUACCCAUGGUGCAAAGCCUUAAUGUGGCAGGGGAAAACGGCAGGGAUGCUGGGGAAAAUGCGGCGAACACACAGAGAAGACCAUUUGCUUCAGAGCACCUUGAGAGAAACACUGGCUCUGAUUGGCUAUGUGGAUCCAGUCAAGGGACGUGGCAUAAGAGUACUAUCUAUUGAUGGUGGUGGUACAAGAGGUAUCGUGCCCCUGCAGGUGUUAAAGCUACUGGAAAUUGAGACUGGAAAAAAGAUCCACCAGCUGUUUGACUAUAUAUGCGGCGUGAGCACAGGUGCCAUUUUAGCCUUCAUGCUGGGUCUGGCCCAUUUUUCUCUGGAGGAAUGUGGUGACAUGUAUCGACGGUUUGGAUCUGAGGUUUUUCGGCAAAACCCGCUGGUUGGAACGGUACAAAUGGGCUGGAGUCACUCCUACUACAAAACUGAGACCUGGGAAACAAUAUUACAAGAGAAGCUGGGAAAUCAGCUUCUAAUUAAAACAGCCAGAGACCAGUUCAGUCCUAAGGUGUCAGCAGUAAGUGCAGUGGUAAACUGGGGCACCAGUCCAAAGGCUUUUGUCUUCCGUAACUACAACCACAAGCCCGGCUCGCUCAGCCGCUACGCAGGAAGCUCGGCCUUCCAGAUGUGGCAGGCAGUGAGGGCCUCCUCUGCAGCACCAGGCUACUUUCAAGAGUUCCCCCUGCAAAGUGAUAUUCAUCAGGACGGAGGCAUUCUCCUGAACAACCCGUGUGCCUUGGCUGUCCAUGAAAGCCGUCUGUUGUGGCCCAACCAGCCCUUCCAGUGCGUGCUGUCCCUUGGCACCGGCCGCUAUGAUAAUGCAAAAAAGGGCCCUGUCACAUCCACCAGCCUGAGGGCCAAAAUCAGCAACCUGAUCUGCAGCGCCACAGACACCGAAGGCGUUCACACCCUUUUGGACGACCUGCUCCCCCCAGAUGUCUACUUCCGAUUGAACCCAAUGCUGAGCACCCUGGUCUCCCUGGACGAGAGCCGGCCAGGAGCUCUGGAGCAGCUGCAUAAAGACACCAAGACCUACCUCGAGAGAAAUCAUCCCAAACUGUCCAGACUCUGUUUGGUGCUUGGAGCAGAGAGGUCAGCCGUGAACAGAUCGACAGACUGGAUGAGUGAGAGAGUGUGGGAGAUGAAACAGAGAUGGAUGUGAACCAAAGGUCCAAUUUACAAAAACCUACAUCGUGUUAGUGUGACACCAGUUUGGUUUUCCCUAUUGAUAUUAUAACAAAAUAUUUGUCCCCUCAAGUGUCAUCAGUAAAACCAAUAUUAAAAUACAGCAGUACAGGUGUACCCUGUGGUACAUGAGAAAGAAAAUGUAUUUUUAAUAAUUACUUUCAGUCUUUUUGGUGGUAUUUAACUGAAUCCAACGAACCAAUCCAAAUGAGAAUCAAACUCCCCCACAUACCACUAGAGGAUGCCCAAGUCAAACAGCGAAAUAUCUCAGAGAAUACCAUUGUUAACUGUUACCCUUAGGUCCAUACCUAGGGGUAAAAGUUAGCAUUGUUGUACCUAUCUUUUUUGUUGUUGUAUC